AUGCUGGCAGCUGUUGUGGCUCUCCACGGCACAGCCCGAGAUUACUCCUUGAAACCCUACCGCCAAAAGCAUCAAGGAAGGUCCAAUCCCAUCGCCCGAAUGAGCCACCAUGGUCACGGGAGCAAGCGCAAGCAGCGCUCGAGGCAUGGAUGGCUUGUAGCUGGUGUGGCUGCUGCAGGGGUCUCGCAACAUGGCUUGAGCCCAGACAAAGCCUGGAUGCAGCUCAGAUCAGUUCGUCCAGAUCAAGCCAAGAUUUGCACCUCGCGCCGAGGUCUUGGGCCCCGAGGAGCUCGUCGUCCAUGGCCGUCCUCGGCCUUUCCGGAUGCCUCGGUUUUCGGAGAAAUGCUCUCAGUCCCUGCCUUUGGAGCUUUUGCGACAUGGCUUUGGUACCGAAGAUCAUCAUCCUCAGCAAGCAGAUCAGAUCCAGGAAGACAGGAGUUGAUCGAUGAGUACUUCGCCCCUGGUACCUUAGUCUUGGAGCUGCCACUCGACAAUGGAGGCACAUUGCAGGUGACUUCUCAUGUGGCAUCUGAACGUGAAGCACCACCUGGAGCACCACGGGGUUCCUUUCAGGAGUGGCGCUGUUUGCGCUUUCUGAGUAGUGGAGGCCUCAUCCAAAGUGUUACGAAGGUGGUGGUAUCUCCAAAUGAGACCCUGGCCAAGAUGCGAGGCUACGUGGUGCCUUUGGCCUACACCAAGUCCUUCGCGACCGUGGUCCUCGCAGCCUUGUCGGCCAUUGGAGCACCGGUGGCGAAGAAGAAGUCCAAGGAGCCCUUGCGGUUCCUGUGCAUUGGACUCGGUGGCGGAUCUGUACCGACCUUUUUCGCGGAAAGUCUGCCACAUUGCCAAGUGGAUGUGGUUGAGCUGGAGCCAACAGUAAUCCAUGCUGCGAAGCAGGGUAUGGGCUUUGCUGAACGCUCAAACAUGAGGGUGAUCCUCGAGGAUGGCGCAACGUUUGCGCAGAGAGCUGUCCGUGAGCAGGCAGACGACGCGCAAGAGAAGGGCAUCUACGAUGCAGUUCUGGUUGAUGCGUAUGAUCCAGUUGGCAAUGUCCCGGCACCCUUGUGGAGAAGGCGCGAAGGCUUGGCUGAAGCCUUGGCCGCUGGAUUGCUUCGGCCAAGGGGUGUAGUUGCAACAAAUUUCUUACCACAUGUAGACCUGGCUGCUCCAUUGGAAGCCUAUGGUGAUGCUUUAGCUUCCAGGGACACCGGCAUCAGUUUUUCCAUUCAGGUCAACAAAGCUAUCAAGGCUGACAAUGACCUGGAUAAAUUCUUUGACUCAGUGGAGGGCACCGGAAACCGUAUUGCCCUCCAUGUUUGUGGAGCACCGCCAGAGCUGGCAGAUGGGCCGCUUGCAAAUUUGGAAGAGCGGCUUCUACAAGAAGCCAAGAAGGUGGGGAAAGCCACAGGUUGUCUUUGGGACAUGCCAGAUCUGGCUUGUAGAGGCUUACGCACUUGGAAGACACAAACCAAACAAGACAUAAAUCUAUUUACGAUUUAA